CAAUCUAGUUUAAAAUCAUCUGUAAACAAAGCAAAAUGGGCACCAGAGCCGUUUUGGUGUUGCUGUUCUUCCUCUCGGUGGGACGCAGUGAUCGAAGUUUGCGGUCGGUUUUUGGUGCGAUUUUCGUUCCGGGCACUCAGUUCGGCCAAUCGGAGAACAGUGUGGCCGAUGAAGCACCAAACGUGCCCCCAAUGGCCUAUUCGGUCACUGAAAAGGAGUUCACGGCUUUGCGGAUCGAAUACAUCAAAAACCAAAUACUGAAAAAGCUCAGGUUGAAGGAGAAGCCCACUGUGGCUAUAGCCGAGUUGCCUAAACCUGUCAAGGAGUACGACAAUCUGAUACCUGACCACGAUGAUAAUUUACAUAGUGGCUACUCGGAGGAUUUCUACGGGAAGACCACACAAGCUAUCAUCUUCCCUUAUGAAGAUGAAGCUCGCUGUUUGCGAAAAAUUCGCUUUCCUUCAGUUUGCGUCCCUUUCGAAAUGCCUACUGAUAUCCACUCUACUGAUGUUAGCACAGCUGAACUUUGGUUUCACAAAGAACCCGAUAAUCUCGACUCCCAUAAUCAAACUUUCGUGGUAUCGGAAGUGGCCCAUUGGGAUACCAAUAAAAGUUUCCAGAAAACCAAGCCCAUAGCAAUCCAAGAAACGAGUCUCACAGAGGGUUGGCUGAAGGUCGAUGUGACUUAUGUGGUGAAAAAUUGGCUCGAUUACCAAGACUCCCCAACGCAUGCCAUAAGCGUGGCUUGCAAGACUUGCGGAAUGGACAAGAACCAAUCACCAAUUUCGUUUUCAAGUGAAUUGAAACCGUUUUUGGUGGUUUAUACUCACUCGCAACAGAGGAGAUCCCUACAUCGGAGGCCUAAAAGGCAGACCAAGUGUUCUGCAGGCCGAAAUGAGUGUUGCAGGGAAAGCUUCUAUGUGUCAUUCGCUGAUAUAGGUUGGGAUGACUGGAUUAUCAGUCCCGAGGGCUACGAUGCCUAUUUCUGUAAAGGCUCGUGUGUUACAGCCUCGGCUUUGACGCUAAGUGCCACGCAACACAAUAGUAUAUUACAGAAAGUCAUGUAUGGGCAGAACAAAAAUCGCGGCUCGCGACCCGAAUUGACCCCCUGUUGUGCUGCAACCCAGUUUCAGCCUUUACAGUUGGUCUACAUGGAUAACAAUAGAACUUUGAUGACAAAAGUUUUGUCGAAUAUGAUUGUGGAAAGUUGUGGGUGUUGGUGAUGAUACUAUAGCAGUAUUUUGUUUCGUGAUUUACUCACGUGCAACAAACCAAAGCGAAAGAUACCAAAAAUUGGGGAAAUUUUCGUUUUAGAAUUUUUCUUCUUAUGGGUGUGAUUUUGUACGUCAAUUUAAUUUAUUUCUUAGGUAAUUGUAUGUUAAACUAUGUUAUAUUUAUUUAAUGUGUAUUUUUUAAUUUUAUAAGUAAACCAAUUUGAGCAA